GGUCGAGCGCCAUAUCACGUGGCCGUGCAAAGGUUUGAAAACCAAUCCAUCGGUGCCACCUAUUUCAUGACGUAUCACACGGUGCUACAAACCCCGGGUGAUUUUAUCGGUGCACUACGUGGAGCUCGGGACCUGGCGGAUCAAGUGAACGAAUACUGGCAUGGAAACCAGUCUGACUGGGAUUCUAACACCAUUCUCGCUCCGAAUUCCGUUUACCCAUACAGUGUGUUCUACGUGUACUAUGAGCAAUAUUUGACUGUCGUUCGCGAGGCUCUGAUUCAAAUCGGGAUCUGUUUGGCAGCCAUCAUUCUGGUCACAUUUAUCCUGCUUGGACUGAACCCAGUCGCCACCCUGAUGGUUUUGUUCGGUGUGAUUUACAUUCUGCUCAGUCUGGUCGCACUAAUGGCUCUGUGGGAUAUCAGUCUAAACGCGAUAUCCCUGGUCAAUUUGGUCGUGGUAAGUGAAUUGACCUGGCACACAAUAAUGCCUGUCCUUUGGUAUGUGUUUUAUCCGCUCCUCCAUCGUAAAAAGGCGGAUUGCAAAUGA